AUGACAAAUAGUAAAGAAAAGCAAGUAGAUUUACUAUUAAAACAUCUUGGUGCUAAUUUUGAUCAAGUUAGUAAUAGUGUCAUACUUAAAAGAAUAGAGAAACUUUCAGAUGAUUUGCAUAGUAGAAGUAACCACAGUGAUCAUGAUAAUCAUUGUCAGUUUGAUAGAGAUGGGGGUGGACAUGGUAAUGUAUGCUGGGCAGAUAAGAUCACAGAAGGGUUAAUCGGCAAUAAUAACAAAAAGGAUAGAGAAAUUUCUAAGUAA